CAACUCCACAUAGGUACCUCUUCAUAAUUCCAUAACUGGGCGAGUCCAAACUAACACAGCUUCAACUAUCAAAGUUCCCCGCAAAUCACGUCUAGUAUAUCUAUCUGUCUGGCUCUUCUGAGUCAGUAGCCUGUUAACACUGGUCAUGAUAGUACUCAAUAGCUCUCAUAAUGCCCUCCACCAUUUUGACGGUGUCGUUCGGCCGGCAUCGAGCCUUCUCUUAUACACCCUUUAAAGGAGUUUGCUCGAAGUUUAUUAACCCCCAUCAAAGUCGAUCCUCUGGAUUACUCUCCCGUAUAGAUAUCAACCGUGCUUUUCCAUGUAGGAUUAUAUACAGCUCUACACGUGGCCUUGCAACGGCAGUCCAUCCCUCUAGUGCCGUUUCAAGUGAGGACUUCAAAUUCUUCAGUGACCUUCUUAACCACACUGAACCAAAACCACAACCUAAAGUUGGCCAUGGCAGUUCUAUUUCCAGUGAUAAAACCCCUGUUGUAACCUUACCUAGCCCGUUUAAAAGAGCUCUCGAGGCACUGCGACAGAAGGACACUCGGAGACUGCUCAUCUAUCUUGAACAAAUAUCAUCCAUGGAAGAAGCUGAGCUUCACGCGACCGUUUCUUCACUGCCUCGAACUACGUUCACCGAACUCCUCCGGGCCUUGGACCCAUUUGUUGUUGCUAAGGAUGCCGAUCCAACGGACCAGACACACAUAUCUCCUGGAGCGUACCAGAUGCUAAAUUUAGGAGCCACUAUUGACAAUUGGGGAGUACGGAAAUUAUAUUCGCAGCUACUACACCAUAUGCUAGUUCUGCUGUCUGCGUUGAAAGCCUCAGGCGGUGUUCUGCAGUUAGAGGAGUACAUCUACCUAGUUAGGUGUGCAGGUGCUGCUGCAGACCCUGCGGGAGUAAAAUGGAUAUGGAAUGAGAUGGUCCGCACCCAGACUACGGGUUGGAGGCAAAGUAGGAUAUAUGCCGAGUUUGUUUCCGCACGCUUCCUCGCAAACCCUUUAUAUACAGGCUACGAUAAAACCAGAAGGAUGGUCACUGCCCGAAGUUUGCAUCACUCCAAAUUUAUCCUUCACUGGGCACAGAUUCGAAAGAUGGAUUACCUUAGAUACCGUACCCGACUCAAGAAGCUGUAUUUCGGACUCAACAAGGAUGCCAAGCACGCCGAAGACUUGAUACAAAUGAUGAGGAAGGACACCGCGGCCACCAGACUUUACAUCUGGAUUCAUAGUCGUGGCACCUACAUGACCGAAAGUCUAGCGUGUGCUUUGAUGAUUGCCUUUGCACGGGCCGGGUCUUUACAGUUUAUUAGCACUAGUAUAUUAGAGCGCCAUUUUGGCAUAAGGAUAGGUAAGAUAACUAAUAACAUAGCGACUGACAUACGCCAGGGCCCCAGCCGUGUGAGGCCUACUGGGCUUCUCAUGGAAGCUAUCGUGGAGACAUAUGGUUCAAACGCAGAGAUCCCCCUUGCCUUGCAGCUGGUCAAACACCUAUCGGUGACCUUUCGAAUUCCCAUCUCUGCGUCUGUAUGGAAAGACCUUAUGGAGUGGGCCUACAUUAUGGGCUCUGUACCGCCGUCUGGGGGAUGGAAGCUGGCCAAAAUGUUUUCUAAAGUACCGAACGCAGAAAUAGUCGAAUUCAUCUGGAAUAUGAUGGUGUCUGAGCCGUAUCGGGUACAACCCAGCUUCGAACACUACAAUAUACUCAUUCGGAAUCUUAUAGCGCGAAAUCAGUUCAGCAGAUUCAUCCCAUGCAUGAGGGAGGCAGUUGGUUUAUACAAGAUUCAAUGUCAAGAGUACGAAGACGCGGUAAUUGAGUACUACCAAAUGAUUAACGAUAAUGGGGUACGUAUUAGCGAGACCGUGCAUCGGUACCAACGGGCUCGGUUUAAGAAGGCGACUAUGCGGUAUGCCAUCCAAACAUGGUGUCGGCAGUUCCUUACCAACGUACAAGCCUUCAACCCUACGAACCCGCUUGUGACCGUGGCCGUCCCGGAUUUCAUUAACGAGUUCAGGGCUUUUAUCCCAAACCCGGCCUUUUAUCGCACGUCUGACGGAUACGUCUCCCUCUUCGACCCUACCCGGGAAUCCCAGCGUUUAGUCCCCGUCGAACAUCUUCCUCUCUCCAUACAGGUGAAGAGCAAGUUGGGCGAGGUCUUGUACCUAGAAACAAAAGCGAAGAAACACGCCACUAGGUCUCGACAUACCUUGGCGGGCCGAAAACCGAUAUCUCACUUUGACCUCGAAACUCUCCUCACGACCACUUCCCGGGCGAGGCUGCUGAAACCCUUGGACAAGACGGCUAUCAAAGAAGCAUCGGAGGAUUCGGAGGAAUCGAUGGCUGAAAACGAGUCCGGCGAGUCGCGUAGCGAGUUGCCGGAACCGCUAGAGGUGGAUAUUUAUGAUGACGAUGACGACUUUUAUUAAAAGCAGCCGCUUGGCUGUAUCUGUAUUAUUAUACCCACAAUAUGUUUAUUUCGCACAUAAACCACCGCUGUUUUUGCUAUACCCCAGCAGCGGCGAUAGCAUAUAUACAACCCCCUUAGCCCCUUCUGGCGGGAUUUUGAACAUACACGAUCU